AUCUUUCUUUUUUCUAGAAAAAGUAGUAUAGUGAAAUCCUAGUCAUUUAAUGGUAAACUGAAAGAAGGAAUUUGUAUGGUGCAACUAGAAGUAGUGAGUGAUGAAGAUGAAAAGUGGUUUCCAUUUAAUUGAAGUGGUAGUAGGCUAGCUAGGUAGCAUUUACAAAUUUGCUUUGGUGCGUGGCACUGCAAAGAGCAAACAAAGUCUUGUUUUUGUGGCUGUGAAGAAGAGAAGGGAUGCUUUGCUUGAUGCUUGGAAAAACAAAAGGCAUGAGGAUGUGAUGCCCCCAUUUUUCUAGUUUUAGUUUUAUCCACAAGCUUUGUUUUGUGAGUUGAAACUAUGUAUUUGUAACCUAUAAACCCACACAACUCCAACCUCCACCACCCCUCAUAUCCUCAUAUCUUUCACUCUUUUUCCUUUUGUUUUGUCCAAGACACUGGCUUCUGGAGUUUGAGGUACAUAGUCUUGGAAGGAUUCUCCACAUUCCUCACCACCCCUUUUGUGUCCUCCAACUUCUCUGCAAGAUUUUCUCACUUUCUAGGCCCUUGUCUCAGGGUACAUGCAUCUGCCUCUAAAUCUUUGAGCUUUUCAUUCAUUUCUUUAAAAUCUCUCAACAUGGGAAUCCCUUUUUUGGAUCAAGGCUUUGAAUCUUGAAACACAACUUUUUUUUCGAUUGGCUUGUUAAUUUUUAUUAGUAGGAGAUUCGAACCUACAACCUCUUUUUCCUUCACAACUUGACCAACCUUAUAUCUCCUUUUUGAAACACAACUUGUCUUUCAAGUUAAACCUUCCAACACUACAUCAUAAACUGAUAGUUCUACACCUAUCAUAAUGCCAUUCAGGAGCAUUGUGCGUGAGCUCAAGGAGAUUGGAGAGGGCAUUAGCAACAUGUAUAGAAGAGGAGGAGAAGCCAAGCAUGUGCAUCGCCAUGGAAAAUCUCACAUUGCACCAGAAUGUUCCUUACCACCACCACCACCACCACCACCAUCAUCAUCAUCACAGAGCCGGUGGGCUAAUUUGCCACCUGAGUUGCUAUUGGACAUAAUUCAAAGGUUGGAAGCCAGUGAAACUUCUUGGCCUGCACGUAGAGCACUUGUGGCAUGUGCCUCAGUUUGUAGGUUGUGGAGAGAGAUAACAAAGGAUGUGAUCAAGACACCAGAACAGUGUGGUUUGCUAACUUUCCCCAUAUCACUGAAGCAGCCUGGUCCAAGAGACUCUCCAAUCCAGUGUUUUAUUAGGAGAGAAAGAAUGACUUCAACAUAUUGUUUAUAUCUCGGUCUGAGCCCUGCUCUUUCUGGUGAUAUGAGCAAACUGUUACUGGCAGCAAAGAAGAUUAGACGGGCAACAUGUACAGAAUUUAUAAUAUCAUUGGUUGCCGAUGAUUUCUCUCGGGCUUGCGACACUUAUGUUGGAAAGCUGAGGUCUAAUUUUCUGGGCACCAAGUUUACAAUCUUGGAUGGGGAGCCCCCGCAUGAUUCUUCACUUCCACUGAAUUGCAAGUUGCAGCAAAGAGUCCAUCUGAAGCAGGUACUUCCUAAUAAGGUUUCUGCUGCUAACUACAAAGUGGCCACAGUAUCUUAUGAACUCAAUGUCCUCCGAACAAGAGGUCCAAGGCGAAUGCGGUGUAUGAUGCACUUAAUCCCCAUAUCUGCAAUCCAAGAAGGAGGGAAUGCCCCUACUCCUUUGAAGUUUACCAAUUAUCUUAAUGAUUACGCAUCUACCACCAUCCCAGACACAAAAGGAAAGAAACCAGAAGUUGUUGAGUUUGACUCAACUGGCACUGAUAAUACUCCAGAAUCAAUCCAGAGGGCAAGGGAACCAUUGAUUUUGAAAAACAAAGCUCCUAGAUGGCACGAACAACUGCAAUGUUGGUGCUUGAAUUUCAAGGGAAGGGUUACAGUGGCCUCUGUGAAGAACUUCCAGCUUGUAGCAGCUGCUGAACCAUGCCAAAAUGUUUCAGCUGCAGAACAAGAAAAAGUGAUACUACAAUUUGGAAAAAUUGGGAAGGACAUAUUCACCAUGGAUUACCGAUAUCCCCUGUCAGCUUUCCAAGCCUUUGCAAUAUGCUUGAGCAGCUUUGACACAAAACCAGCUUGUGAAUGAAUGAUCAUGACUUCUCUAUCCCCAUUGUGGACAAUUAGUCCUGUCAUGUCACUCCUCCUUGAUAUAAAAUGUACAUCUUUUCGUAAGGAAGGAGAGAAGCUGGACUAAACAGCUCUCAUUCUAAUGAGUACUUUCAUUCUGCAUCACAAGUUUAAUUUGUGUA